GAAUGCGCCUGCGUAUCCAGACGUGGCAACGGCAUCAUGGCCUCCUGGAUCCGCUGCAGGAGAGAGAUGAGAGAGGCGACAAUGUUCUUGCUGGUGCUGCUGAUGCUGAUGCUUUCGUCGCUUGAAGCUGUGAAGGUGUCUCCUCUCAUAGAGAAAGUCAGCGACCACAAGGACUUCAAGAAGCUACUCAGGACAAGAACCAAUGUUCUGGUGCUCUACACUAAGACAGCUACAUCAGGCGACUCUUCUCUGAAACUGCUGUCUGAUGUUGCCCAAACAGUAAAGGGCCAGGGGACCAUUGCCUGGGUCAACUGCGGAGAUUCAGAGGGCCGUAAACUCUGUAAAAAAGUGAAGGUGAACCCGAGCGCCAAACAUGAGGGAGCAGAGCUGCUGCAUUACAAAGAUGGGACAUUCCACACAGAGUAUAACAGACCUGCUACAUUUAAGUCUAUGGUAGCAUUUUUGAAGGACCCAUCAGGACCCCCACUGUGGGAAGAGAACCCUGAAGCAAAAGACGUCGUCCACAUCGAAACAGAGAAAGACUUCAGGAAGCUAUUGAAGAAAGAGGAAAGGCCUGUCCUCAUGAUGUUCUACGCUCCCUGGUGUGGUGUUUGUAAGAGAAUGCAGCCUAUUUUUCAGCAAACAGCCACAGAAACAAAAGGCAAAUAUGUGCUGGCAGGGAUGAAUGUUCAUCUGGCUGAGUUUGACGGCCUAAAGCAGGAGUACAACGUCAAAGGUUAUCCAACCUUCUGCUACUUUGAAAAGGGGAAAUUCCUUCAUCACUAUGAAAACUACGGCGCUACACCCAAGGAUAUAGCAGAUUGGAUGAAGAACCCUCAGCCCCCCCAGCCAAAGACUCCUGAGGUGCUGUGGUCGGAGACAGACUCGUCGGUCUUCCACCUGACCGAUGAGUCCUUUGAUAGCUUCCUGGAGGAACAUCCUGCAGCCCUGGUCAUGUUCUACGCCCCGUGGUGUGGUCACUGCAAGAAGAUGAAGCCAGAGUAUGAUGAAGCUGCUGAAGUACUCAACAAAGCCACAGAUAGUCCAGGCGUGCUAGCAGCCGUUGAUGCCACGGUGCACAAGGCUGUGGGCGAUCGCUAUAAGAUCUCCGGUUUCCCCACUGUUAAGUACUUUGAAAAAGGGGAAGAAAAAUACACACUCCCACACCUCCGAAACAAAAACAAGAUCAUCGAGUUCAUGCACAAUCCCCAAGCACCUCCACCACCAGAGCAGUCUUGGGAGGACAAACCCUCCAGUGUCAGCCAUCUUGGCUCAGAGGACUUCAGAGAAGCUCUGAAGAAGAAGAAGCAUGCUUUGGUUAUGUUCUAUGCUCCUUGGUGUCCACACUGUAAAAACGCCGUACCUCACUUCACCACAGCUGCAGAGCUCUUUAAGGAGGACCGCAAGAUUGUGUAUGCUGCUGUGGACUGCACAAAAGGACUGAACCAUGAUCUCUGCAAGCAGGAGGGGGUGGAGGGCUACCCUACAUUCAACUACUACAACUAUGGCAAGUUCGUGGAAAAGUACAGUGGAGAUCGCGGGGAAGCAGGCUUCAUAGGAUUCAUGCGCAACCUCAGAGGCCGUGACCAGGAAAAGGUGGUCAAGAGGAAGGAGGAACUCUGAGGGUCGCACGUAUAAAAAAGGGGUGAUGCACUGUGACCCUUGAGUCUGGCAAGGGCCCUUUCAGCACUGAAGUGGUAGACUCAAUGACCUCAGCGAAAGGCUAUUUUUUAUAUCAUGGUGAUCUCAUUUGUAAUGAUGCCAACAGAUAACUGACCAACCACUUGAGACUUCUUUUUAUGGAUAUUUUAAUGGGCACAAAAUAGUAAUAAAUAAAAUGCUGAUUUUUUUUUUUGCCCAAUCACUGUGACUUGAACAUGUUAAAAGCUACACCCUAUAUUGUAUCUAUGCAAACUUGACCCCUGCUUAAGCCUGUGGGGGUCUGUGGGAUCUGACAAUGGUGGAGGCUGGCGGUGGAUUGAAUAAGUUUGACGUGGAGGCUGCAUCUUCUAUCACUACACAAGAGGUUUUCAUCCAAUCCUAUCAACCUUUCGCUGUCUUUAAAGAUGAAUCAUGCUGAUUUUUUUCUUUACGUUAAUUAGUGUGUUGCUUUUUUUCUCAGAUCAUUUAGAAUAAAUUAGUCACAAGUUUCUAUUUAACAUUUAUUUUCCAUGCCUGCAUCAUCUUGUUGAGGUGGUGAUGGAGCCAAUCCCAACUUUCCUUUGGUUGGUGUCCUCCAUUGAGUUUCCCAGUCCCUAGCAGGGCCUAAGGCGUGUUCAUCUUUUACACAAGCCUCUAUAGAACCUUCAAGCUUGUAAAGUAAAUUGUGAAAUUGUACAAUCAGUAAUAAGGUUCUGUAGGAUUCCAGACUAGGUAAUAAGGGGAAUGAAGAUUCGGGGUUCUUUGUCUCCAUUUUGGAUAGUCUGACUUUAAGAACACAUUUGAUGAAGGUUAAAGUUAGAAAUUGUGGCCUUUAAAGAAUGAGGAAUGUGAAAUAUCUGAAACUGCAAAAUGAUGAAGAUAAGUGGAAGAGAGUUGGAAGCCUCGUGUCCUUGCAAGACUAGAAGCAGUCCAAGUAAAAACCAGAAAAAAAGAAACAAUCAUCUAUUUAUCACAUAGAGCUAUGCUGAUAUUUUGUUUCUUGCUUUUGGUUCUUUGCUUACUCAUGAUGACAUUUCAUGAACAUUUUAUCAAGGCAGAAGGUUCUGUUACAUAAGCAUAGAAGGUGUCAAAGGUUUUGAGGUUUAAUUAAGAAAGUUACCUUUCACUUUCUUUUACAAACGUAUUCACAGCCACAGGCACAUUACACCCUCAGCCUUCCAUGCAUUUUCUUUGGAUUUUAUGUGAUUGACCAACACAAAGUAAUACUUAAUCAGAAGUAGAAGGAAAGUGAUGCAUGGUUUUCAUGCAAAUAUAAAUCUGAAAGACUAUAGAACACUAACAGCUGCUGGUGGUUCAGGAUUUGUUUCCACCAGUUUUGCUCAACUAGAGACUGAAUUCUUUGCCCAUUCAGGCUCAGUAAGAUUGAAAGGAGAGCAUCAGUUAAUACGUCCUUCUGUUAUAGCUCUGGCUGUAUGUUUAGGGCUGUCAUCCUGCUGAAAGAUCAACUCCAGCCCCUCCAGCAAUCUUCUCAUCAACUCUGACCAGCUUCCCUGUCCCUGUAGAAGAAAAGUGUCCCCGCAGCAUGAUGCCUCCGUGUUUCACCGUGGGAAUGGUGCCACCUCCGUUUUUGAUAGGACAAGGUGUCAAGUGAUGCCUCCCACAUCGUGUCAGGCCAUUAAUUGCUCUGGAUUUUAUUUAAGGUAAUCAGAUUAAACAGGGUUGAAUGCCCACCAAAAUAUCAAUGUUUUAACUUUUUUAAAAACCAUUUUAUUCCACUUCUCAAUUAUUGGUCUGCCGCAUAAUAUCGAAAUAAAAUACAAUGAGGGUUUGUGGAUGUAACAUGGGUAGAUGUGGAAAAAAAAUGUAUGAAUACUUUUGCAAGGCACUGUAUUUAGAUAGUGAUACCAAGUAAUCCAAGCUUCCAUGCAUCCCUCUGCAUUCAUGUAGACCUCCCGCUUUUGUCGUAGACAAUUUUUAUAUCUGGGUGCCCAACCUGCUUCAUGUGUCCCUGCUGCUGUCACUAACUCAUCUUUAAAACGUCAGCACUCUGGACAGCGUUGCUUCAGUCCAUGGCCGCCUUUCCUUGUCCUGCUCAAUUGCACUUGGCUCAAACAGAGAUCUCCCACGCCUCCGGAUGCUCCUCCACCUCUUGUUGCAUAAUGGCAUUGAAUUUAAUCUAUCAUUAAUACUCCCCCCAACGUCCUUGUUUUUUUUUUUUUGUCUAACAUUCAAUCUCCUGUCUGUUCACUUGUGUUUCUUAAUGAAAACCUUUUCUCUUAUUAUGAAUAAGGUUCUCAGGGAUAGUGUAACACAGUUAAAAGGAAUGCAUUUAUUUCAUUCCAGCUGAAUCAUUCUGAGCCUUUAGGCCACCAUAUCAAAUAUUGUUUAUGUUUGUAUCUCAAAAACACAGUCAUGUCAAUUUUUCUCUUACAUUUCCUUCAGGAUUGAUCAAGGCAUAUUGUUAGUAGAGGUUACUGAACCCUUUAUAGUCAAACAAUAUUUUUUAAUAACUUGUUUCAGUGGAAAUAUCUAAAAUGAUAUGGCUGGAGCCAACACAUUUUAUACCUUGAGCUCCUUGCAAUAUUAUUGUCUGCAAGAACAUUCAUGAGUGUUUUAUGCAAUGGGGUGUAAGGUGACAUGUUGCUGUAAUUAAGGUGGUAUCCUCAUCUCAUUAAGCAACAACUGCCUUUCAUUAGUCUGUCCAUUGGCUUAUGUUUAGCAGCUGCCACACUGACUUUGUACAUUUGUUGAAUAAUAGAAGUUUCUCACCUUAUCCCAAAGGUAUCCAUGUUCUGUGGGCAUUUUUCACAUUUUAUGCCAAUGCCAAGAAGUCAUUGUUGCCUUCGUUGAUUGUUUUUUUCCUUCUGUACCCAGCCGUAUGUACAGAUUUGACCCUUGCAGUAAGAAAGUAAAAUAAAGCCAAACAUCUCCUGCA